AUGGCAAUGGUAGUAAACCAGUGGCAGGAGAACAUUUCGGCGGAUCCUGGGUCGCAGCUCCAGCUGUGCAGCCAGGAGCCCGGCGGCGGGACACCGGGGACGCCGUCUGGCUCCACCCCGGGCAACGACGCGCUCUCCGCGGACAAGAUCCCCAACGUGGACUGCAUGGUGUGCGGGGACAAGUCGAGCGGCAAGCACUACGGCCAGUUCACGUGCGAGGGCUGCAAGAGCUUCUUCAAGCGCUCAGUGCGGCGUAACCUCAGCUACACGUGCAGGGGCAACCGAGACUGCCCCAUCGACCAGCACCACCGCAACCAGUGCCAGUACUGCCGCCUGAAGAAGUGCCUGAAGGUCGGCAUGAGGCGAGAGGCCGUCCAGCGAGGCCGCAUGUCCAGCUCUCAGUCCAGUCCCGGCCAGUACCUGACCAAUGGCAAUGACCCAUACAACGGUCAACCCUACCUGUCUGGCUUUAUCUCCCUGCUGCUGAGGGCCGAGCCGUAUCCCACAUCCCGUUACGGGGCCCAGUGCAUGCAGUCCAACAACCUAAUGGGCAUCGAAAACAUCUGUGAGCUGGCAGCCCGUCUGCUCUUUAGUGCCGUAGAAUGGGCCAAGAACAUCCCCUUCUUUCCUGACCUGCAACUCAUGGACCAGGUAGCGCUGUUACGCAUGUCGUGGAGUGAGCUAUUCGUGCUGAACGCGGCGCAGUGUUCCAUGCCCUUGCACGUAGCUCCCCUGUUGGCUGCCGCUGGCUUGCACGCCUCCCCCAUGUCUGCAGAGCGUGUGGUGGCCUUCAUGGACCAUAUCCGCGUCUUCCAGGAGCAGGUGGAGAAGCUGAAGGCCUUGCAGGUGGACACGGCUGAGUACUCCUGCCUCAAGUCCAUCGUGCUCUUCACUUCAGAUGCCAUGGGUCUGUCAGAUGUGGCCCAUGUGGAGAGCAUCCAGGAGAAGUCACAGUGUGCCCUGGAGGAGUACGUACGGAACCAGUACCCCAACCAGCCCAAUCGGUUCGGCCGGCUGUUGCUGCGGCUGCCCUCGCUGCGCAUCGUAUCCUCGCCUGUCAUCGAGCAGCUCUUCUUUGUGCGUCUGGUGGGCAAGACCCCCAUCGAGACCCUUCUGAGGGACAUGCUGCUAUCCGGCUCCAGCUACAACUGGCCCUACAUGCCUGUCCAGAGGGAUCGCCCCAUCUCCAUCCACUACAACGAGAACGGACCCUGAUCCUGCCUCCUUGGUGGGGUCACGGCCAAUAGUUAGACUCUUUCUGUUGGCCACACCCCUUCCAGUACCCAAUCAGCCCCACUUGCUUUUCUGACGCUCCAGCCGUCCGUUCCGUGGUCAGGAAUGGAACUCGCUGUACUUAGGCUGGCCUUUCAGAGCCUUCGCCUACUUUCUGAAUUGCGAUGUUUACGAUCUCCGUGACUUGAGGACUCUCCUGCAGCACUGACUCAAAAGGGCUGAGUCCAUUCCUGAUUUUCAAACAAACCAGAAGCCAUUAAAGCCGAUGCCAAAAUGUGUUGCUUUUUUUUUUUUGUUGUUGUUGUUGUUUUUGACAUUUUAAGAAAAGCUAUUGUCUGUACUGGGGUGGGGGCUUGAAGACUGAAGUUGGGUUUAAAGAAACUCAAGACUGUGUCAUAUGGGAGUGGAGAAAAAAGGGUGCAGGCACAACUGCAGCAGCUGAAUAUGAGAGGGUUUCAUAGAGGUUAACAGUAAACCCCCUCCAGCGAAACAGAGGGGUCAGUGGGACUCUCUAUACGCUGAAGCCAUUGCCAAAGCAGAAACGGCAUACGAACUGUGUGGAACCUUUUGCCUGUAUCGGCCACAAAAGUCUAUUUCGGUUUGUCUCGACGUCGACACUUGUGUUUUAAAUCUCUGAAGGAGUUCGAAGAUGUGAAAGAGGCACUUGAUACCCGAAACCAGCCAGGCACCCCCUCUAUCUCUAUGCUCUUUUCAGCUACCACCAAAAAUUCAGCACGGCUAGAUAGACACACUGUAGUUGCCAUGUAAGGUCUGUCUGUAGUGCUUACUGUAAUUUUCCGAUUUUCCCGUUCCUUUUUAUCAAGGAAAACACUGAAACGUAUAUCAGAACCUCAGCGAAAUGUAUAGUUGGCUGUUGAGGCCAAGGUGCCUCUGCUGUAUGUAGCAAUAGAUAUAUCUCAAGUAUUUUGUUAUCCUUCUAGCAGUUCAUUGAAAUGUCGAAAUCCAGUCGUCACGGUUUUUAACAUGGCACUACAGCUUUUCAAAGGCAACAUUUGGAUCUUUAAGCCAUAGGGGCCUUGGAAAGCAGGACCUGUUGUAUUAGUUCACAGAAUAUUUCUAUAAGAGUUUUUUUUCCCCUGUAUUUUAGGUUUGAAAAAAGGAAUCCAUGGAAUAAAAUCUGUUGUUCACAAAA